UUCCCGUUUUGGCGCCAAGCUGCAAGGCGGGUUUCUCUGUUGGGAGGCGGACGCCGGUGGGACCGUAAUUUGUUCCCGACGUGGAUAAAGACGCGAUGAACGCUGACGGUCAGCUGCAGACCAGCACCCCCAAUGGGUAUGCUUGUGAGAUGACCUGUAAAAAACGAGAUGAUUACUUGGAGUGGCCUGAAUAUUUCAUGGCUGUAGCAUUCUUGUCAGCACAAAGAAGCAAGGAUCCAAAUUCUCAGGUUGGUGCUUGCAUUGUGAAUUCAGAAAACAAGAUUGUUGGAAUUGGAUACAAUGGGAUGCCUAAUGGAUGCAGUGAUGAUCUUUUGCCUUGGACAAGAACAGCAGAUAAUAAACUCAACACAAAAUAUCCCUAUGUAUGUCAUGCUGAACUGAAUGCCAUAAUGAACAAGAAUUCUGCCGAUGUGAAAGGCUGCAGCAUAUAUGUUGCUCUGUUUCCAUGUAAUGAAUGUGCAAAGCUUAUCAUCCAGGCAGGGAUAAAAGAAGUCAUUUUUAUGUCUGAUAAAUAUCACGAUACUCCGGAAAUGAUAGCUGCACGGCGCUUGUUUGAUCUAGCUGGAAUUUUGUACAUAAAAUUCAAACCAAAGUGCAGCAAGAUCAUCAUUGAUUUUGAUUCAAUUAACAGCAAACCAAGUCAAAAGCCUCUUUUGCUCGUUGUUGUUGUUAGUUGCAAAGUCGUGUCUGACCCAUCUCGACCCCAUGGACAACGUUCCUCCAGACUUUCCUGUCCUCUACCAUCCUCUGAAGUCCAUUUAAGCUCACGUUUGCUCAUAGAAACAACAUUUUGCAAUGCCUGGCUUUACUUUCAAAAAUGCUGCUAAAUAAAGAAAACAAACUACUAUAGACAAAAAACCAAUCGUGUUUUUCCCCUUGGAUUCAUAAAUGAAUAACUUUUACUAACUUUGACUAAUGUUAUCUGAGGAUUUAAAGUCAUCUUAACUAGAGAUGGUACUGGCAUGGGUUUUGGGGAAAAGUAGAACCAAAAAUAUAAAUGGUAGAGCAAAAUUCUAACAUCAAUGAGACCAGCCCUGUUUCUAUAGGCAGUGUGAUAUUUGAAAUACCCAGGGAGCAUCCUAAAUAAAGCACUUAAAAAGUCUGACAAAUACAACCCAUAGAGGUUGAUAGUCCUUAUAAAUACCAAUUUGAGAUUUAUAUAAAACCUGGCUAGUUAAUUAGUUCUAAAUAAUUUCAAUGUAGCCAGAAUAUAGUUACCAUGUUUGGCAACGAAUACAUUAAGGAUAACCUAAAGAGCUAAAACAUUCUGGGGAGAGGGGAGUCCUGAAAUAUUAAAAACUUAUUCUGCUCAAUUUGAUUGAGCAUCCUUACGCCCCUGUUUUGUAGUUUCUUAAUGAAUGCUAUAGCUUUUUAAAAAAAGCUUUGCUCAUUAUAGUUCGAAGCAAAGGCCCAAAGCCCUCUUCCUUGGCUUUUUAUAAAUAUAAAUCGUGUCUGCACUGAAAAGCACAACCAUAGGUCUAUUAGCUAAUUUGGCAGCAUCCCCAAAAUACUAUUUUGGCAUCAGAUAGGAGCCAUUACUCUGAAGAGAAGGCUAUGGACUAUUUAAAUUAAACCAAAUAUUCUGAUAUCUUUUUGAGGUGGUCUAUUAAUGUGCUUUGAAUCUGCAGAGCAUAAGUACACAUGUUAACUGUCGUCCCAAAAGUUGGAAUAUAAUUAAUCUGUGCUUAGUGAUGCCUGAUACGUAUUUUUUGAACAGAAUAUAAGACUCGUCCUGCUGUACCAAGUCAACAUCCAAUGCUAUAAGAAUAAUACAGAUAGUCCUCAACUUACAACCACAGCUGAGCCCCAGAUUUCUGCUGUUAAGUGAGUUUUGCCCCUUUUUAUGACUUUUCUUGCCACAGUUGUUAAAUGAAUCAUUGCAGUUGAUAAGUUAGCAAUCCAGUUGUUAAAUGAGCCUUGCUUCCCCAUUGACUUCUGUGAGAAGGUCGCAAGCAAAGUCAACAAAAUGAUCUUGGGCAAAAUAAUGGUCAUACAUAUGAACCAGUUGCCAAGCAUCUGAAUUUUGAUCACAUGAUCAUGAGGAUGCUGCAAAAGUUGGAAUUGUGAAAAACGGUCAUAAGUCACAUUUUUCAGUGCCAUUGUAACUUUGAAUAGUCAGUAAAUGAACUGCUGUAAGUUGAGGACUACCUAUAACAGCAUGCAAUGGAGAAGGAGUCCAUUGGAAAAAUACUAGGAGUAUACCAGUGAGUAAUACACUUUAGUUCUUGUAGUUAAAACUUAAUUCUUCUAGUUCCCCCCCUCCCCUGAUCUUCUGUGCUAGUUCAUUAUGGCAGUGAUGGCUAGAUGGCAGUGAUGAUCAACUGCUUGAUGAUGAUCAAGCAGAAGUUUGAUUAAACCAUCAUGGCCACCAUAUUGAAUUUUUUAGCAUAACUUGACAACCUUGUAAUGUAGACAGCACUGGAUACAAAGGGCAGGCUCCUUUUCUCUUCCCUUCUGCUUCCUUAUUAUGAUUCCCUGACUUAUUUAUUUAUUUAUUUAUUUAUUAAAUUUAUAUACCACCCUUCUCCCGAAGGACUCAGGGUGGUUUACAGCCAGAUAAAAACAUAAUUAUAUGAUGAAUAAUAUAUAAUAUAAUAUAUAUAUAUAAUAUUAUAUGAUAAUAUAUAAUAUAGUAUAUAAUAAUAUACGUAUAGGUGUUUCUAUAAAUAUUUUUGCUGUAAUCUCUGAAAAAGUUGAUAUAAUAAUAUGGAUUAUUUCUUACCAAUUGAGAAAGAAAUGUAUAUAAUUAUCAAGAGUGAUUCUAAUAAAGUUCUAUCUUUAAAGUUUUACUUUUUGGGAAGAACAAUAUCCCAGGAGUUCUUUUUUUUGGAUUUGCUAGCUGGACAGUUGACAUUAACACUUCUAAAAUUAAUGAUAAUUUUGCCAAAUCUGUUAAGCACAUUAUAAUUCUCAAAGUAUAAUAACUUCUAUAGUAUAAUAUAACUACUCAAAGAGUUUUCCCCCAUUUAUUACUUUUUAUCAUUGUCUUGAAUAUUGAUGACUAUUAUUAUCAUGUAACACAUAUGAGAACACAAUAUAUUUAUUUUUUUAUUAGAAACAUGACUUUACAAAGUAAUGAUGAAUAAAUGAGCAACAUAGAAUUUUCAAAAGAGACAUUACAUUGUUGACUGAUUCUUACAAUUUGGGCUUAACAUCACUUCAAAAAAUUUGAAAUGUUUCGUAAUAAACCUGCAUGGCUCAAUCAAAUCACCCAAUAUAUAAAACUCUACAAUGUGCUUCCAUUGGGAAGGUCAAUAAGGUGCAACUUAUGAAAGCAAUGUUGCACUGGUAUUAUACAAGCUCUGUAUCUUUUGGACAUGUUGCACUAUGUACCAAUAUCCUAAUAGUCAUCUACCGCAGGGGUCUCCAACCUUAGU